AAGAGGUGUGGGCAUUGUGGGAUAAAUUUCGUAUAAUCUCACCGGGGGGCAUUUAUUCAAUUUUAAAUUCCAAUUUACAAUUGUGAAAGUGAAAUUUGAUUUAAGCAGCUUUGGUUAUAAAUAAUUCAUAUUUUACAAAUAAUUCAUCAUAAUUCGUAAAACGUUUGUGUUUACUUCUCGUUGAAAUGGGGCAAAACGGAGGGGGAUUGCCCUCUGUCUUAUUCUAUCACAAUUCAAUGGAAAAAUUGGCAAAAUCUAUUGCAGAACAUUGCCAGUGCAAAUCAGGAGGUGAAACAGUGAGUCUCAAGCACAACAUUCAAUGGAAAUCAUUUGAAGAUGGCUGGCCAAACUUGUUCAUUGAGAAUGUCAAAGAAAACUGUGCUGGAAGAGAUGUUAUCUUCCUUGGAAGUUUCCAUUCACCAGAAGUUGUUUUUGAGCAACUUUCCAUAGUGUAUAACAUCCCAAGGUAUCUCGCAAGAUCAUUUACAUUCAUCCUUCCGUAUUUUCCAACUGGAACGAUGGAAAGAGUGGAUAAAGAGGGUCAAAUUGCAACAGCAAAGACAUUGUCAAGAAUGAUUUCCUCAAUCCCGCUAACAGCUAGAGGUCCUGCACAAGUCGUUAUCUACGAUAUACACUGUUUACAAGAAAGAUUUUAUUUUUCAGAUGAAGUUAUACCAAGGUUGGAAACUGCCAUUCCGCUUUUACUUGCCAAACUUAAAACGCUUCCAGAUAAAGAGAAGAUAAGUAUCGCGUUUCCAGACGAAGGAGCGUUCAAACGUUUUCACACACAGUUUGAGGAAUAUCCAACUAUUAUUUGCAUCAAACAGAGAGAAGAAAACAAAAGAAUUGUCAAAAUUAAAGAUGGCGAACCAGAUUGCCGACAUGUUGUCAUUGUAGAUGAUCUUAUCAAAACAGGAGGCACCAUCCUUGAAUGCGCAAAGGCUCUUAAAAAAGCCGGAGCGGCGAAAAUCAGCGCUUACGUCACGCACGGCGUGUUUCCACAAGAAUCCUGGAAACGAUUCACAACAUCCGACGUUCCCUUCGAGAAUUUUUUCAUCACAGACUCUCUACCUUAUGCUGAGGAAAUAGUUCAACACAAGCCUUUCCAAUUGUUAUCUCUGACGAGUUGCAUUGCAGAGGCAUUGCUUGGCUUUGAUCUCAAACAAAGCUAAUCCUAACAGGUCAUAAGUGUAGCUAAUCUGCAAUCAGGGGCCGGGUGGGUGUAUGAAGGUCGCAUAGCGGUAUCCACCGGAUCGCUCUAAAAUCUGAAAUUACCCGUGUUUUGGUACAAUGUAAAUUGAAC